ACAGAAAUGAAAGUAAUUUGAUAAAGUUUUAAUAUUAUUAGACUAUUGUCUCUUUUUUUAAGAAAUGCAAAGCAAUGGUAUGUAUGAUAGCCAGGAGAUUUGCACAUUACCAAAUGGCCCUAUCAGGUGUAUAUUUUUCUGUGAGUUUCAUCCAACUGUGGGCCCAAUUAUAUCCUGCCAGAUUCCAGAGAAUUAUAUCAGCAAAGAACUUUUUGACAGUAUUAGUGUAUACAUUAUAACAAAAGCUGAAUUGCGGAAGAGUACAAUCACUGUGACAUUGGAUGAUUACAAGAUUUUGGGCUUCCCAGUGCGUAUUGAUGACAAGAAGUAUCCUAGGAAUGCAUAUCACUUUAAUUUAUGUUUUGUGUGUGAUAGCAACUCAAGGACUGUUCACUAUGAGCCAGUUGUCAUGAAAUUUUCCGAAUAUUUAAUGGCAAUGGAAAUAGAGAGUAGUUUUCUGUCCUCAAAACAGUGUUCAAAGAAAUUGGCGCCCAUUUUAACUCAAGUGCUUGAGAAAUUGAAUACAAAUGGAGAGUGCGCUUUAACUGAAGGUCCAACAGCAACGCACUUGAAAGUGGUGAAGAUACACAAAGAUCCAAUUCAAGUGGCCGAUCAUCAAGUGCCGGUAUUGGUAAGAUCGUUACCCGAUCAGCAAUGGGACCUGACGACACAUGCAGUCGCACCUUAUAUAGAUGGUUUCAAUCAUGUUGCAAGGAUAGCUACUCUCUCUGGUGUAGAGAAUAAUCUAGUCAAAGCAUGUGUACAAAAUCUUCUCUACUACAGAGUGGUAGCUCUGGUGCCUCUAUUCCAAUAUGGGAACGUCUAUUGCACGACAUCGAAACUGAAGUAUUUGGCUCAAGAUUCGGAAAUCCAGGAUAGAUGCUUGAGGUAUGUGGCAAAGUCUCCUCGCCAGAUGCCCACCCUGAGGGAUGUCUUCAGGAUGUAUGCAGCUAUGACCAGAGGCACAAGGAUUAAAGACUUGUGUUUGAGGAUGAAUCCUUCGUCGAUGUGGAUUAAUGAGAGAAAGUUGGUACAAUUUGGGGUGCUGGAGGGAUUGAUACGAAGAGUACACAAGUAUCCAGUAUUGUUAGGAGACAGUAACGUUCUACAAAAGACUUUGAACGGAAGUGCUAGUCUAGAUGAAAUCUGCUGCUCAACGGGAGUCAGUGGACAGCAAUUAGAAGAUCAAAUGGAUAGAGAUCAUAACGUUGUAUUAUUAUUUAAAUAA